AUGGUACAACAAGCUCUUCCGGUCAAGCCUCGUGAAGAGACCACCCUGUCAGUCAUCAAUUUCUUGGGCCAGGGCGAAGGUGUCGACUUCAAAGGCUAUCUGGUGACAAACGAGGCGGAGUCUGCUUGGUCAAAGCGGAAACCCGCAGUGCCAGUGAUACAUGCUACAGCGAGCAUAGACCAGGUAGAGGUAGAUUCGGAGGCAGACUUCGUGGGGCAAUUGCAGUAA